AUGCAGAAUCUUGAUAUUCAUUCCGUUUCACACCUCCGGUUUGCCCAUCCAUCCUCCUCGCACUCCGUGCUCACUGUUUUCGAAGCUCCGUCCGGUUUGCGUCAGCUUUACUUCGCCGUGCCAUCGGCUGACCACACACUUUCCCUGCAUGCAGUCUCUCUCCCACCUUCCUCUUCAAUUGUGACAGAGACACCUAUAUCAACUGCGUUAUCUUCAAAUCCGAAGUCUGUAUGCAUUCUCGGCGAAUCGCUCCUUAUUGUCACUCGAGAUGGCGAGCUUUUUACAUUUGACACUUUAAAUGGCCUGGUGCAUCCAGUCGGUGAGGUUGUUGAUGAGGAGAACCCUGCUUGUUCAGGCGUCCUUGAUGCUGUGUCCAGUCCAGAUGGCAAUUUGGUUGUUGUCGUUUCACCAGUGAAGACUCUCGUUCUUGAUGCUACGCUUGACGUGAGGGCAGAAAUUCCACACGCAGAAGUACCAGCAAUCAACGCUCGAGUUUCGUGGCGUGGGGAUGGCGAAUUCUUUGUUGUAGCAUUGGAAGGAAAAAACCACCAACUCAGGGGGGUAGUAGUAGAUCGGGAGUGUGCGACCGUGAAGACGCUUGAUAUAGAUUCGAUUGCCAAUAUCAAAGGUGGUCAUUUGGCAGUCGCUUGGGAGCCGAGGAUAGGCGGGUUCAUAUGUUUGUCGAUUGGCGAUGGUCGUCUUAUCUUUUUUGAGCGAAACGGCUUGCGUCAUCUUCGGAGUGAUUUUGAUCUUCCUUUUGUUGCUCCUCCGUUAAUGCUUAGCUGGAGCGCAGAUAGUCGAAUUCUGGCUGUUGUACAAAAGUUUGACGCGAAGAAGACGACUGUGAGUUUGUUCAUGAGAACCAAUUACAAAUGGUAUUGCAAGAGGGUUGUGCAGGUAGGAGAUGAGGUCUUGAUGGUGCAUUGGGACGAAGAUGUGGUGGAUUCCAUGGCCUUGUUUACGAAAGAAGGUUUCGCCCUUUUCACGAGGUUUCGGGUACUACCCGGAACUGUUUUUGAUGUGAUGGGAGGUGCCCAUGCUUUCGUCAUAGACGGUAUUAACGUGUGCGUAUCGAAUCUCACACGCGCUGUUUUGCCUCCACCAAUGAAUCAUGGUGUAGUGAAAUACGACGAUGCCGUUCAAGAGAUUUGCGGCUGGGAAGCUGACAACCAGAUAGGAGCUUUGCUUGCGAAUGGGGCGUUUCAAGUCGUUGAAAUUAAGGACUGCUUUCAUAGAGCCCAAGCGGAUUGUUCUACGCAAGCAAACGGUGCGAAGAUCUGCGAAAAUCAGAAGUGGCAGUUUGGAAUCGGCUCGGAAGCCACACCCUUUUUGACUACUCGAUCGCCAGUGUUCGUUGCUCGAGACGCAGUCGUGGUUGUGAACCACGCCUCACCCUGGAGUGAAGAUAAUGUCGAGCCUCAGGAAUUACUGCAAUUGUUCUGUCUUAGCACUGACGGUUCAGAGCCAAAGUUGCUGGGUGAGUACGAGGUUGAUGGAUGUGUGCGAGUGCUGUCACGUUCUGUGACGAAUAACGAAAUUAUCAUGGCAACAUCGAAAGGCUGCAUUAUCCGACUAAAGGUCGACCGGAAAAGCGGUUCGUUUGAAGAAGUGGCCUCCGCUCCACACGCAGUGUCCUCAGGUGCCGUCAGAAUUCGCGAUUUUACAGUCAGUCGCGAGCGGUGCAUAACUUUGGUUCAAGAUGAAAAUGGUACCCUGAAAGCUUUCGAACUCACUGCAGAAAAGAGUCUAUGUAUUUCAAGGGAAUGCACGUCAUUCUGCUUGCAAGAAAAGUUCCUGUCCUUCACAACUACAUCUCAUCUGCUAUAUUGUGUUCUACUUGAUAAGGCGAGCUCCAAAUCUUAUGAUGAAGACAGAAAUGAGAUUCCUUCGGUCUGCGAUGCAUUGGAUAGUAAGAUAGGAGCGGUAGUGCAAGAUAGCCAGGGCUCACAACUCCCGGCUGGAAAAGGAGCGACAAGACCGAUUGACCGAUCCUCCCUUAUAGUGGCGGCCAUACCGGGCGAGGUUACCACUGUUCUACAGGCUCCGAGAGGAAAUCUCGAAUGUAUUUGCCCGCGCCCGAUUGUUUUCGAGACUGUAGAUGAGUUUGCGAAGAGUGCGAAAUACUCGAAAGCAUUCAGUUUGUGUCGAAAGCAGAGAGUGGAUAUGAAUCAUGUGGUUACUGCAAACUACAACAUGUUUUUAGAAAACAUCCGAGAUUUUGUUGAUGAAGUGGAAAAAGCAAGCCACUUGAGCAUCUUUCUGACCUUCUUACGGGGAGACGUAUCGAAGGUAAACACUGUGUGUGAUGCUGCCGUGAGAACACUGAGAGACAAGAACAACAAGGGCCGUUACUUGAACGCAAUUUUGACAGGAUUGAUACGUCGGGAACCAUCAGACUUUGCAAGCGCUCUCGACCAAGUUCGAGAAGCGCGAGAUCGAGAUGAAGAAGAGGGUGCGGCGGCUGUAGAUUAUCUAUUUGUUUUAGUCAAGAAUGAAGAGAAAGUGUACAGGGAAGCUCUCGGCACUUAUGAUCUUCAACUCGCUCUUUUUGUGGCAAGGUCCAGCCAGAUUGAUCCCGCAGACUACUCUCAAGAGUUGAAGCAAUUAAGCGUUUUGGAUACGGAAAAGAUGAAAUAUGCGAUUGAUAUGCGCUUAGAGCGAUACGACAAGGCCCUUCGCAGUCUUUAUCGUUGCGGUGAGAGCAAAUUUGAUCAGUGCGUUUCACUUUGUCAUGAACAUGCUCUAUACGAAACCGGGCUGGAUCUUUUUCGUCGGGAUGAUUCCUAUAGAAAGAAUCUAAUGGAUGGAUAUGGCAAGCACUUGGUUGAGACGGAUCGUUUCGAGGAUGCGGGGUCCGUUUUUAUUCGAAACCAAGACUGGCUGCAAGCGAGCACCAGUUUCCGAAAAGGUGGUCAGUGGAAACGGGCUGUGAGUGCUGUGUGGCGCUGUGAACAAUUAUCUGUUGAAGAGAAGCACGAUCUCCUGGACUCUUUGGUGGAUGAACUAGUAGACAAUGGAAAGCUGCGAGAAGCAGCUCACGUCAGGCUUCUACAUCUUGAUGAUAUUGAUGGUGCUAUUGAGCUGCUUUCGCGGGAUGAGGAAUGGGAAGAAAUGUUUGAAUCUAUUGCUCUGCACUGCGGCAGAAAAGUAAGUAAGGAAAGUUCUGCGGCUGCGGAAGAAAAGAUGCUGUGGCAGAAAGUUGCGGGUAUGAUCCUGGAAGGAGCGGAUGUGUUGCUAUCAACACUUCGAGAAAACGGGGGAAAACUGCGCGAGCGUAGAAAGCGUUUGGAAAUUGUGCGUGAGGCGAAACGUGAGAUAUCUGCUCGAUUGGCAGCGAACGGCGGACCUAUGGAUGAAGCGGAUUCAGACGCGUUCUCGGCUAGCACGGCGUCAUCUCUGGUGAGUAAUCUGUCCGAUGUGACAUUUACGUCACGCACAUCGGCCACGAGCGUGUUUACCACGGUAUCCGGGACGGGUCCGAUGAGCGUUGCGAAGCUGGAGAAACAAGCGGAAAAGAGGAGACGAAAGGCUGCGCGGAAACGGAUCAGGGAGGGGCAUCCGCGGGAAGAGGAGUACUUGGUGGGAUAUUUAAAAAAGUUGGUGCCCGGCGCAUUUCUGAGGCAGAGAGUGCAGAAGAUGGGAGUGGCGUUGAUGUUCAUUGGCAAAGUAGAUGAUGUCAAAACGCUUUUAAAGGAAAUGACUGCAUAUGUGGACGAGACGAAGUUGCUUCCUGAGGAUGUGCUCGACUCGGAAGAACUAAGAGAAGCAACCACGGACAAGGCUUGGCUUGAGCCAGGGAAGGUUGUGGAGUUGCUGUAA